AAGAAGGUAGUGGAAAUGGAUUCUCAAUCGGCGUAGAAGGAGGUUAACGAGCCAUUGGCAGUACCGGAAGAAUCGUUACCACAACAACCUUCGUUUUCUCGAUCUUUCAGCUCCAGACAUGGCUCACAGAAUGAACUCGAGAACCUACUCACAGACACCAGCGUCCCUUACUCCAAGCGUAUUGGUCCAGCAACAUGGCUCGAGUUCAAACUCCUCUUUCACCUUGCUGCUCCUGCGGUCAUCGUCUACCUCCUCAACUAUGUCAUGUCUAUGUCCACACAAAUCUUCUCCGGCCACCUCGGUAACCUCGAACUUGCCGCCUCUUCCCUCGGAAACAAUGGCAUCCAAAUCUUCGCUUAUGGUCUCAUGUUGGGUAUGGGAAGUGCCGUUGAGACGCUGUGCGGACAUGCGUACGGGGCGAAGAAAUUCCACAUGUUAGGUGUGUACCUGCAACGAUCCACGGUGCUGCUGACACUCGCGGGCGUUCUGCUAACCGUAAUCUACGUCUUAGCGGAACCAAUCCUGCUGUUUCUCGGCGAGUCGCCGCAAAUCGCAUCGGCAGCUGCGCUUUUCGUGUACGGGCUCAUCCCUCAGAUCUUCGCGUACGCCGUGAACUUCCCCAUCCAGAAGUUUCUCCAGGCGCAGAGCAUCGUGGCUCCGAGCUCGUACAUUUCAUGCGCCACGCUCGUGUUCCACCUCGUGCUCAGUUGGUUGGCGGUGAAUAAGCUGGGGAUGGGCCUGUUUGGCGCCUCGCUGGUGCUCAGCAUCUCUUGGUGGGUCAUCGUGCUGGCGCAGUUCGUUUACAUCGUGAAGAGCGAGCGGUGCAAGCAGACUUGGGGCGGCUUCACCUUCGAAGCGUUUUCGGGGUUGCCGGAGUUUUUCAAACUGUCGGCGGCUUCCGCCGUUAUGCUCUGCCUAGAGACGUGGUACUUCCAGAUUCUGGUGCUGCUCGCGGGGUUGCUUCCCGAGCCUGAAUUGGCUCUCGAUUCCCUUUCCAUUUGCACCACACUGUCCGGAUGGGUUUUCAUGAUCUCAGUUGGAUUUAACGCAGCUGCAAGUGUGAGAGUGAGCAACGAGCUAGGAGCAAGAAAUCCAAAAUCAGCUUCAUUUUCUGUGGUGGUGGUGACAGUGAUAUCUUUCAUAAUAUCAGUUAUUAUAGCAGUGGUGAUUUUGUCGCUAAGAGAUGUCCUUAGCUAUGCCUUCACUGAAGGCGAAGAGGUGGCUGCUGCAGUCUCAGAUCUUUGUCCCCUCCUUGCCCUUUCCAUUGUUCUCAACGGCAUUCAGCCUGUUUUGUCUGGGGUGGCUGUUGGAUGUGGAUGGCAAACUUUUGUUGCGUACGUAAACGUUGGUUGCUAUUACGGAAUUGGCAUUCCAUUGGGUUCUGUAAUGGGUUUCUAUUUCAAACUCAAUGCAAAGGGAAUAUGGUUGGGAAUGCUUGGUGGCACGGUUCUGCAAACAAUUAUUUUGAUGUGGGUCACAUUUAGAACUGAUUGGAAGAAAGAGGUUGAGGAAGCAGAAAAGAGGUUGAAUGCGUGGGAGGACAUAAAGGAGCCACUCAUCGUCAAGAACUGAAUAACAGGAAUGGGGCUUUGGAUUUAGAGAAUUAUUUUGAAAUGAGGAUAACUUAUUGAUUUCACUGUGAAGAGAGAUUCCCAUCAUGUACUCUUGCAAAAUUCAAAUUGCAUUCUCUCUACAAAGUGAUAUAGACAGUUCUUACCA